AUGCCGUCGUCACCGCCGGCGGCGGCACCACGAAGCCGUCGAUAUUCCAAGAGAAGAGCACGGACGUUCCACGUCACGGUGUUCAAGUACACGCCCGUGCCGCUGCCGGAGAGGGACUGGGCGGAGCUGCACCCGGACCUGAUCUCGCGCAUCUUCCGCAAGCUGGACCAGGCCGAGCUCCUGCUCGGCGGCGUGACGGGCGUGUGCCGCUCCUGGCGGCGCGUCGCCCGGGAGGAGCCGGCGCUGUGGCGCCGCAUCGACCUGAGCGGCGGCCUGUGGUACGCCCCGGGGUCCUACCCACCCAUGUUCAACCUGGAGACGAGGUCCAUGGUGCGGAAGGCCCUGCGGCUGAGCGCGGGGCAGUGCGAGGCCCUCGUGUGCGAGCACGUCGACGACGACACACUCCUCUUUCUCGCCGAGCGGGCCCACUCGUUGAAAAGCCUUCAUCUCGUUGUGACCCAUAUCUCUGACAAAGGAUUUGCAAAGGCAAUCAAGAUGUUGCCUCUUCUCGAGGAGCUCGAAAUUACGCUGCUUUCAAAAACGUAUACAUUGAAGCUGGUUGAAAUUGCUGCUAGAGCCUGCCCACUAUUGAAGCACUUCAGACUUGUCACAGGAAGGUACUACGAAAAUGGUAACAAGGUAGCAUUUGCGGUUGCCAGGAUGCGUAAGCUACGUUCCUUGCAUCUUGUCGGUUUUGUCCUCGACAAAGAAGGGCUAACAGCCAUCCUUAACAACUGCCAUGAUCUAAAGUACCUAAACAUGCGAGAUUGUGGCUCUCCUAUGGAUUACAACCUACGAGCGAGGUUUUCCCGGAUAACCUUUGAUGACCAUGAGUACUGGAGUGACUAUUACAAUGACACUCAUUAUGCGUAUCACCGCUCCAAGCCUACUCUAUGUGAUUGUUGUGAUUACGUGCCCUCUUCAAAAUACGACGAUGAUGACUAUGAGGCUUAUCACUACAAUCUUGGCGAUGGUGAUGGUGAUGACGUUGACGAUGCAGAUCUCGACAAGCACGAGAAGAUACUUGACAUCAAGAGCAUGCGUAGGUACCUAAGUAGAUGA